AAAUCUCGAUAAAAUCUACGUGUUCUUAAAAAUACAGAGAUGAAAAUGGACGAUGGCAAUACUAUAGUAGAAACUAAUAAAGACACCAUUAAAGUGAUAAGGUUUAACAAACCACAGAAGAAAAAUGCAAUAGACGGUAAUAUGUACUAUAGGGUGACUAAAAUACUCAACGAAGCAGCAAUUGAUGACAGCAUCAGUAUGGUUGUGUUGACCGGUACAGCGGAGUUUUACAGCAGCGGCAAUGACGUAUCGAACUCUGGGAGUAAAUCUGAAGAUGAACAUAUGAAACUUUUGAAGGAUUUUAUCGAAGCUUUUAUUAAAUUCCCAAAACUACUAAUAGCUAUCGUCAAUGGACCUGCUAUAGGAAUCGCGGCUACGACUCUUGCCCUCUGCGAUUUGGUUUAUGCGUCAGAAAAUGCUUACUUCCUCACACCCUUUUCAAAAUUGCAUAUAACUGCUGAAGGAGGAUCUACACUAACAUUCCCAAGACUUAUCGGACAACGGAAGGCUGCUGAAAUGUUACUAUUCAAUCACAAAAUGUCAGCGAAGGAAGCACUGGAAUGCGGUUUCAUCAAUCGUGUGUACAAGCCCGAGGAAUUAGAAAGGAGAGCCUGGGAUAAGAUAAAUGAGAUUUCAAAACUGCCCGCAAAUUCGAUACUUGUCACUAAGAACUUGCUGCGCAGAGUUUACUACGAUGAUCUCUUAAAAACUAACGAUGUUGAAAUCGCAGUACUGACAAAAAUACUAAAAGCAAAAAGUAAUUUGUAAUAUUUUUUUUAAAAA